AUGCCAGUGCGGAAAUCACUGCGAAACAAGCAGCGCAAGGCGGCUGCGGCGGUGCCCGGCACCAGCCCGUCUUUGACCGCAGACACCAAAACAUCCAAAACAUCCAAAACACGCAAAAACACGGCAGGCCGCGGCAGGCCGGGCAGGAAGCCCAAUGCGGCCAAGAACGCGACCAAGCCUGCCACCACCGGGCCCGUCAGCAUCGGCAAGAGCCUGAAGAAGUGGCUCUUUGAGGACAUCGUCAGCCACAAGUGGGAGGGCGACAAGAUCCUGCUCGAGGUCCGCUGGCAGGGCACCGACGAAACCAGCUGGGAGCCUGAGCUCAACAUCCACCGCGACGCCAAGAGGGCCCUCGUCCAGUACUGGAAGGCCCAGGGAGGACGGCCUCUGAACCCCCAGGACGAGGAGCUCUUCGCCAUCUACGCCCUCAAGGGCGUCAAGACCGACUCCGAGGGACAGCGCUUCAUCCAGGUCGAGUGGGUUGGCUUCUCAAGACCCACCUGGGAGCCUGAGUCGGCCAUCAAGGCUGCCGCGCCCGAUGCUUUGGAGGCGUUUCUGGAGAAGAAGGGGGAGAAGUAG